AUGGGUGGGAGGGCCAAGAGACCAGAGGAGGCAGAACAGGAGCUGCCCUCCCCUAUGGGUGCGAGGGCCAAGAGACCAGAGGAGGCAGAACAGGAGCUGCCCUCCCCUAUGGGUGGGAGGGCCAAGAGACCAGAGGAGGCAGAACAGGAGCUGCCCUCCCCUAUGGGUGGGAGGGCCAAGAGACCAGAGGAGGCAGAACAGGAGCUGCCCUCCCCUAUGGGUGGGAGGGCCAAGAGACCAGAGGAGGCAGAACAGGAGCUGCCCUCCCCUAUGGGUGGGAGGGCCAAGAGACCAGAGGAGGCAGAACAGGAGCUGCCCUCCCCUAUGGGUGGGAGGGCCAAGAGACCAGAGGAGGCAGAACAGGAGCUGCCCUCCCCUAUGGGUGGGAGGGCCAAGAGACCAGAGGAGGCAGAACAGGAGCUGCCCUCCCCUAUGGGUCGUAGUAAUGAUGCCUAUGUGAGAUGGUGUGCUGCGGUGUGUUCUGCCGUCUUAAAAGAGGAGUCGUGCUGA